AUGAGUGAACCAAGGAAAGCUGGAGAUAUAAGAAAGGCCCCAACACCUCAAAACACCCCAUCUUCGAUGGCCAAUUCAUAUUUAUCAAAAAUUUCCACAAUUAAUAAAAUUGGUACCAUCAGUGAAGAAGAUUCAAAAUUAGGUAAAGAAUUAGCUAAUAAUCCUGCUUUAUUAUCAAUGAUCCAAGGUAAAUUAGGUAGUUUAAUUGGUCAACAAAGUGGAUAUGUUGAUGGUUUACCAAAGAAAGUUAAGAAUAGAGUUUAUGGAUUAAAAGCUAUUCAAUCAAAGCAAAUGAAAUUAGAAGCUGAAUUCCAAAAACAGUUAUUGGAAUUAGAAAAAAGUUUCUUUAAGAAAUAUGAACCAUUAUAUGAAAGAAGAAGUGAAAUCAUCAACGGUGUCACUGAACCAACCGCUAGUGAAAUCGAAGAAGGUGAAGCUUUAGAAUUAGAAGAUGAAGAUGAAGAAAUUAAAGAAAAGAUCACUGAAGAAAAAGAUGACGAAGAAGAAGAGGAAGAGGAAGAGGAAGAAGAUGAUGACGAAGAAGAUAAAGGUAUUCCAAAUUUCUGGUUAACUGCUUUAGAAAACUUAACUUCAGUCUCUGAUACUAUAACUGAUAGAGAUUGUGAAGUCUUGGAAUACUUAAAGAAUAUUAAAAUGGAAUAUUUAGAAACUCCAGGGUUCAAAUUGAUUUUCGAAUUCUCAUCUAAUCCAUUCUUUGAAAAUAAAGUUUUAACCAAAAGUUAUUACUAUCAAGCUGAAUUAGGAUAUUCAGGAGAUUUUGUUUAUGAUCAUGCCAAAGGAUGUGUUAUUGAAUGGAAAUCAAAAGAAUUUAAUGUAACAAUUAAUGUUGAAAGAAGAAAACAAAGAAAGAAAAAUACCAUGCAAACUAGAACUAUUGAAAAAUUAACACCAGCAGAAUCAUUUUUCAAUUUCUUUGAUCCACCAAAACCUCCAAAGAAUGAUAUCGAUGAAGAUGAUGAAGAAAAGGAAGAAAAAGAUGAAGAUGAUGAAGAUGAAGACGAAGAUGAAGAAGCUGAUUUAGCUGAAAGAUUAGAAUUGGACUACCAAUUAGGUGAAGAAAUUAAAGAUAGAUUAAUUCCAAGAGCAAUUGAUUGGUUUACUGGUGAUGCCGUCGGACUCGGAUAUGAAGAUUAUGAAGAAUUUGAAGAAAGUGAAGAAGAAGAUGAAGAUGAAGAAGACGAUGAUGAUGAAGGUGUUGAUGAAGAAGAAAAGAAACAACCACCCGAAUGUAAACAACAAUAA